AUGUUCAAACGACCCUCAGCAAAGCAACAACACCUUCAUCACAUGAUGAUCCGAUUACUCAAUCCGAGUGGUCUUAAUAUUCAUACCAACAAACAACAUUUGUUAUGGCUCGGGAUGAAUCCAUCGUCAUCAUUCCGAAGUAUGGGCUAUGCCUUUUGGCCUAAGAAAGCAGCAGAAAAGAUGCAACAAGAACGAUCAGGAAAAGAGGGAGCGAAUAGUAUGAACUCGGAAAAUGUAGAGAAAAUUACCAAUGCAUACAAAACAAACAUAUUUGAAAAACCACUCUCGGAAAGUGAAAAAGAAAAAGUGAAUCAAUUUGCUGAUGAGAAUAACUUUCCGCUCCCACAACAAGUGGAGCAAAUUUUCAACAAGGUAGCUCCAAUGCCACAAGAAUAUGGAAAAAUUGGCCAACCAAGAGUGUUCAUGAGAAUUGCUGGAAAGAAACCACAAUUCUUUAAAUUGGCGGUGUUUGCUGCUCUUUUACUUAUUUCUCUGCAGAUUAUCAAUCACUACGGAACAAUAUUUCUCUUGGAUGACAUUGUGAAAGAGUUAUUGAAUGCAAGACCAGAUAUUGAGUCAAUAUUUGCCACUCAUGACAGAGGAGCCGAUAAAAUUGCAUUCCAUAAUCAAUAUAUCCAAGAAAUGGAUGAAAUUCUUUCCUUCCUUGAUAAAAAUUUGGAAUCUGAUGAGAGCUUAACUCAAUACUACUUGAAGAGUGGAGUCAUUGACAAGUUGUUUGAAUUAUUACAAAAAUCAGAGCACCCUUUCAUUUUAUUGCAUUCUCUGACGACUCUCGAGAAAUGUGCACGAUACGAUAGCAAAUGUAUUGAAUACAUGGUUAAAGAUAAGAAAGCAAUAGAAAUGCUUAAUGAUAAAUUACUUAAACUUGGCUAUGAAAUGAUGCAAGAGAAGAGAAUUCCACUGAACAAGUUGUUGAAUCCCAUUGUCAAGUUGCUCAUCAAAUUAUACAGUGAGAAUAAUGAAUGGAUCACUGAUAAAGAUCGUGAGUUCUUGAUCUUUGGCCUCCAAAUUGCUCAACCCAAGUAUUUCCACAAGAUGAGUUUGGAAAUUGUGCAAAAUUUGGCUACUAACCAAAUGAAGCGUGUCAACUCUGCUACAGAGGAAGAUUAUACAAACGAUGAAAAAAGAGCAAGCUUAGAUAAGGCAAUUGUUUCUCAAGAUUCUGAAUUUGUGACAAGUCUUAAAUUCCUCUCUGAAAAUGCUCCGAAUGAGGAAGUUCGUGCAGAGUUGGCUCUCGUUUUACAAUCCUUUGAACAAUCUCAAAAUGCAUUCAUGAAUAGAGCGAAAGUACUCAAUCCAAUUGACGUCUCUCCACUUCACAAAGCAGGACUAAAAGAAGUCAUGUAUCGUAAAUAUGAAAUGGGACCUAAGGAAGCGAUAGGAAAUGUUCUGUAUCUCUUCAUGAUCCCAUUCAUGAUGGGAUGGCUUAGAUAUCGUUGGAUUGCUCACGGAGCACCUGUUCCAUUCAUUAGAUGGACCAUGUAUCGUGCAGCUUCCUUAUUCUUUGUUACAGACUUUUUGUUAGCACCAAUUGCCACCUACUUAUUUGAUCCAUCCAAGAGUGACUUUGCAAGAAAUAAGAUCAUGUCCAUCUCACCUGAAUCUGUAUUUUUGGGAUCUACUUUGAACAGAAUUCUGACCUAUGGAUUACAGCUGAAGGCAUUUGCUGACACUUACUUUAUCGCAUUCCCAUACCUCAUCAAACAAUAUGAAAGUACUCAAUUUAGUGUCAUUAAGAAUUCUCCACCAGCCAAUACUUUCAGACUGUACAUUGCUCACCAACUGGUUCAACGAAAGAAGGUGUACGGUCAUAUUCCACCUCAACAACCUCCAGUGCUUGCAAAGCAAGAAUCAUCAAGAUCGUCCACAGCUGCAGCACAACAACAGUGUCACGAUGAUGACCAUUAA